UUAUACCGGAUAGUCCAUACACGACCCGCUUGCAAUCUAAAUUGAUUUGGCUUUAAUCCUUUCAAUUCUUAGCCUGCACUUCUUCUCAGGAAACAUUAAAUCAUUGACGCUGAUUUCAGGCACCGAUGGAGAUUCAAUACCUUACUAUGGAAAUUUCGAAUAGAGAGGCUUAUGACUCCCGCGAUUGAUACUACAACGCCGCUGAUGUGCUCUGGCGAUUCAAGAGGAGUCAUCCGCAUCCAGUGAUUUUUAAGCUUGAUUCCGGUGUUUCAAUUACAGUAGCUGCGUCGAUCAAACUCCCCGAAGAUUAAGCAUUACCAAGUCGUUUAAAUACUCUGAGGUGUAUCAAUGUCCGACCAUACACCCGAGAAGUAUUCAAAUCUUUCAGGCGGUGCUCGAAAGCGGAUUUCUGAUUCAUCUGAUACUACUUUGGAAGGAGAAUGUAAACGCCGAGGAUGUCGCACGACACUUGACAAAUAUUUGCUUCAAAGGCAGAAUGACAUUCGAAAUGGUGAAACUAACCCAUCGCAUGUGGAAAGCAACAGCAAUCGAAGUCCACUAUCAGGAAUUGAUAACGUGCAAAUGGCAAUCGCAGCAACUGCCACUUUGGAGGUGCAAAGAAAGAACAACACGCGACCUCCGUUAUCAGUAAUUGACAACAUUCAAACCCCAGUCACGGCUGCUAUCCGUAGAAGACGUGGUCCUAAUAUAAACUCAUUAUUCGAGGCUGGUAGUUUGAGAAUAUCGGAUAAUGUGGACAAGGAGAAUAGAUUACGAGCUAGGAGCCGGACUGGUCGUGGUCCCAGUCUUCCGGAUCAAUUCUGCAUAAGCCAUAAAAAUAAAGAGUCACCAUCAAAUGCUAUGAGUACCUCGUUAUGUGAACUGACGAAUAAUGCUUCACCUGAUACACUUGAGUCCUGCGUUUCUACUGGUUCCGCACAAUCUGCUGUUGCGCCUGUGAAGAGGAAGGGUAGUGUUCGUGGUUUGAGCAUAGAGAAACAACUCAGAAACUUGGAAAUAGGAAGGCCCAGCCACGUCAAUACCCCGACCCUGAAAAACCUAUUGGUGAAGGCCGAAUUCGUCGCGGCAGAGGACCUAGCAUCGCUACGCUUCUGGACAGCGGUGAAUAAAAUGUCAUAAAUGUGUAGGAUAACUUAUCCACAUAAAACAAGGUGAUUUACUUAUCGUUUUGAUACUUUAUUCAGG